UAAAAUCAGUUUCCGUCCAAAUAUUUUAUUCUGAAAGCAUCACCGGAAGCUAGGUGACGUCAUUCACGUGCGACAGUCUAUCCACGUGAGGAGCAGCGGUGGAGUUUAUUUUCCAAAAGAUGGAGAGAAGAGAGGAAGAGGAGGAGAGGAAGAAGACACACCUGGGAGGAGGAGAAGAAGAAAAAGAAGAAGAAGGAGGAGGAGGAGGAGAAGAAAAAGAAGAAGGAGGAGGAGGAGAAGGAGAAGAAAAAGAAGAAGAAGAAGGAGGAGGAGGAGGAGAAGGAGAAGAAGAAGACAGGACAGAGGAUGAGGAUGAAGCGCAGAAAGCUGGCGGUGAUGAAGAUGCUGCUGGGAUGAAGAGGAAGAGUGGAGACAGGAAGUGUGUUCCAGGUAUCCUCUACCUGGGUCACAUCCCUCCCAGGCUCCGCCCCAAACACCUGAGGAACCUGCUGUCAGUUUAUGGAGAGAUAGGACGGAUAUUCCUGCAGCCAGAAGACAACCAGGUGAGGAGGAGGAAGAAGGCGGGGCUGAGCAGGUGUGACUUCACUGAAGGGUGGGUGGAGUUCAGAGAUAAACGCGUAGCGAAGCGAGUAGCGGCGUCGCUCCACAACACGCCCAUGGGAACCCGGAAACGCCAGCGCUUCUCCUCAGACCUGUGGUGCAUCAAGUACCUGCACAGGUUCCAGUGGACUCACCUGAGCGAGCGGCUGGCCUAUGAGCAGACGGUGCUGCAGCAGAGGCUCCGCACAGAAGUGUCCCAGGCCAAGAAAGAAACCAACUUCUACCUGAACAACGUGGAGAAGAGCGCUCACCUGGACAAGCUGAAGAAGAAGAGGCAGAGGGACGGAGAACAGGUGGAGGAGAAGACGUGGGACUUCACCCAGCGGCAGACGGAGGAGGAGAUCCAGAGGAAGAAGAAGAAGAAGGACUCGGUUUCCCAGAAAAACCUGGACAAGGCCCGCAUCAUCCAGCAGAAGAGCCAAUCAAACGCCUCGCUGCUGGCCAAAAUCUUCAACUCCAGCCAAUCAGAGAGGCAGCAGGGAGGCACCUGAUUGGCUACUGGACUGUUCUCAGAGACACUUUGUGAUAAACUGAUGCUGACACACCUCAGCAACCAAUCACAGGACAGCUACAGCUGAGGGGGCGGAGCCAAGGAUGUUCCUCUGAUCUCCAGUGUUUAAUAAACGUUCUCUGAGUACCGGCAGCUGAACUGUGGUUCCACUUCAUCCAGCAGAUCUCCAUCAUUCUUCAGAGGUUCCUCAAGUCUGAACCGGUCACCUCGUUCAUCUUCAGACACUUUUUGGACUUUUUACCGUUUAAAUGUUUUAACGUUUGACUUCAUUUUGUUUUCUUUCUUGAUGUAGUUUAUCUAGAAUGUAUUAAAAUUCAAUUAUCUUGAAAGAUGUGGAACAGUUUAGUGUCAGAGGAAACAAACCAGGAGAUGUCCACGUCAGGAAGCAGCAGGUAGAACCUCAGCUGUUUACCAACAGAGUUCAGCAGCUCCACCGCUCGUCUGAUAUUCAGGUCAAACUUCUCACCAACAGCAGAAAUCUGAGAUGAAUGAUCAUCAGAUGGUUCUCUGAUCAGCUAGUCAAUGAACCAAUGAGCAGAAUGCAGCUCAAAUGAAGGAUCAAUAACUAAUAACUGAUCAAUAAAGUCUGACAGCAGCUCAGAAA